UCUGAAAAUCCUUCAGCACAGUCAUCAUGCACGUCACCAACAGCUCUCAAUCAAACUUCACACACUGGACCCCUGAGAGUAAGACAAGUGGUGCCAUUUUUGGGAUAUGCAUGAUGCUUGGCAUCCCAGGAAAUUUGGCGGUAGUGGUGAUUAUAUUAACAUGCUUCAAAAAGAAAUCCUUUACUUUACAUCUGAUGCUAAAUUUGGCCGUGUCUGACAUCAUAUGCUUGCUCACAAUGCCACUCUGGAUCAAUAAUCAAUUGAAUGGCUGGAAUCUAGGUAAAAGUGCCUGCAGGCUCUUUAUCGUCAUACUCUACGUAAGUGUUGUUUCCAACCUUCUGACGGUCACGCUGAUGAGUGUUCAACGUUAUCUGCAGGUUCUGUAUACUCACCAGUGGGCCAAGGUGGGCAGAAGAGGAGAAAAGGCUUUACUGGUCAGUCUGUGGACAAUAUCACUUGUCAUUUCUGGACCGUAUUCGUUAAUGUAUGAUGCUGGAGAAAAGGGAUGUGAGAUUUCCAUAUUGUCCGGAGCUGAAAGGUUAUUCGUUUUGUAUUUUGAGACUGUGUUAUGCUUCAUCGUUCCAUUCUUCACAAUGCUAAUCUUUUACCUCUGUCUUCAUAAGAAAGUUAACCAAAAGGCAUUCUUGAGACACCAAAGGAUGACUAAGAUGAUCACAUGCAUUUUGGUUGCUUUCUUUGUAUUGUGGGUCCCUUACCAUAUUUUUAAUCUUGUUGAGAUAACGGCCAUAACAUUGAAGUUUUCAUACCAACACGCAUCUGAGAAGCUGCUUGACUUUACACAGCGUCACAGACACAUUGUUGAAGGCUUUGCCUCCUUCAACACCUGCGUGAAUCCAUUCCUCUAUGCUUUUUCAUUUAAAAGACUUCGAAGAAAAGCUGAGAAAGACACUACUGGUAUUAAGUUGUCCAGUGAAAUGUAUUGA